CGGGCCGCGGCGGGGCGAAGCGGGGGGAUAGGCCGCGCUGGGAGCCGGGGGCUCGCGUAGAUGGGCUCGCCGGCGGAGACGCUUCCCGGGCCGGCCCCGGAGGGGGACCUGCCCCCGGAGUGGGAGUCGGACGAGGAGCGUAUGGCCUUCCUGUUCUCGGCCUUCAAGCAGAGCCGGGAGGUGAACAGCACCGAGUGGGACAGCAAGAUGGGCUUCUGGGCCGAGCUGGUGCUGGGCCGGGGCCGCCGCCGGGGGGCGGUGCGGACCUGCCUGCGGGAGCUGCAGCAGGCCUUCCAGCGCCGCGGCAGCGUCCCGCUGGGGCUGGGCACCGUGCUCCGCGAGCUGCUCAGACGUGGCAAACUGCAGAGGGAGUCAGACUUCAUAGCCAGUGUAGACUGCAGCUGGAUCUCAUGGGGUGUGGGAAUCUUCAUUCUGAAGCCCCUGAAAUGGACCCUGUCAAGUGUGCUAGGUGACAGUAAAGUGCCUGAGGAGGAGGAAGUGCUUAUUUUUGUGGAGCUACUUCAGGAAAAGGCAGAGGAAGUGUAUCGCCUCUAUCAGAAUUCUGCACUCUCUUCCCACCCUGUUGUUGUCCUCUCAGAAUUGCGCUCACUCUGUGCUAGCAUAUGUCCGGAUGAGAGGACAUUCUAUCUACUGCUGCUCCAGCUGCAGAAGGAAAAGAGAGUCACGGUCAUGGAGCAGAAUAGAGAGAAGAUAGUGAAGUUUGCCCGAGGUCUGCAUGCCAAAGUAUCCCCAGUGAAUGAUGUGGACAUCGGGGUCUAUCAGCUGAUGCAGAGUGAGCAGCUGCUAUCACAGAAGGUGGAGUCCCUUUCCCAGGAAGCAGAGAGGUGUAAAGAAGAUGCCCGGAGCGCUUGUAGAGCUGGCAAAAAGCAGUUGGCACUGAGAUAUUUGAAGUCCAAGCGAAGGACAGAGCGGCGGAUUGAAGAGCUCCUUUCCAAGCUGGAUGCAGUUCAGGGCAUCUUGGAUCGUAUAUAUGCUUCUCAGACAGAUCAGAUGGUGUUCAAUGCCUACCAGGCUGGAGUAGGAGCUCUGAAACUGUCCAUGAAAGAUGUCACUGUGGAGAAGACAGAGAACCUGGUGGAUCAGAUUCAGGAGCUUUGUGACACCCAGGAUGAAGUUGUUCAGGCUCUGGCAGGAAUGUCGAUCAAUGGCUUGGCAGAGGUUGACAGUGAAGAACUUGAGAAGGAACUGGAUAGUCUCCUCCAGGACUCCACUAAAGAGCCUUUGGACCUGCCUCCUGUUCCCCAGAAGCCUCUACUUCCCAGCAUCUCUGAUACUGAGCUUGAAGCAGAGUUGGAGAAGAAGGAUGGAGGUUUGGCACAAAAGACUGCUUCUACAUAUUCUGAACCCAAAAGAGCUCUGGGACUGGGUCUCUAACAGCGUCCUGCUGCUGUAAUUUGAGAAGUUGUCUUAAGCUUGCUUAACUAGUGACCUUAACUUUAAAAAAUAACUUUUGGAGUGUGGGCUAAUGCCCCCCUCUUUACCGGAUGUCACUUCACUAAACGACAGGAUCUACUGCCAUGACAAUCCACCCUUUCUGGAACUGAUCCUAGCUGGUGUUGCUGUCGUCUCUUUAAUGUCAAUAUCUACACUGUUCUCAGUUUGACUUGUUAUCCCAAGUCGCCUACGAUGUUCACUCUUGCCAAUGAACUCUGUCUUCCCUGCAGGAUUACAAUUCCUGAGCUCACCUACUUCAUAACAAUUCUCAGUUUUGCUAUGGCCAGCGUUGAGGAGACCCUGAAACACAGUAGGAUCACAGCUACUUGACCUCUGGCUGUUUGUGUGGUUGUGUAAAACGUUUGGCACGUAACAUAGGUACUGUUCUUGACAGUCAUCUGUCUGCAGCAAGCUUACACACAUGUUGAUAGUACUAUCCAUCUUCCCUUGUUUGUAUUUGCACGAUUGCGGUCAACGAGACCAAUAACUGUUUUAUUGUAUGAGCCUUGUUGCCACUAGGGGGCAGCAAUUGCCAGCACAAGAUGAAAUUUACUCCUCUGUCUGUAAUAAACUAAGGCCUUGAAAGGAGACCUGCAAAGGGUUUUUAAAAUGAAAGUGUUGCUUUUUAGGCUGCGUGAUGAUAAAGGCCAGCAAUGUUUGUUAAGUU